CACUCGAUCCAGCGACUAGCUGCAGCCAGGCAGCCACUUGGCAGCCAGCAAAUGACACAGCGCUUAGCACAUGUGCAGCGGGGCAAGCAGCCACGUACGGCCUACCUACGGCGGCGGCAAGCUGAAAACGAGAGGCAUCAGCGGCAACAGCAGCAACAGCAGCAACCACCACAGUAUAGUCUGCCGAUAGCACCAUCCGGCAAUGUUUUGACAGAAAGCAGCCCAGCUGCACAUAUCCUUUCGCAGUCGUCGUUGCGAGUAACGCGGCAGCUCGAGAUGCUCAACAUCUUGCUCAGCUACGAGCAGGCGAACCGGUAUGCGCUGAUGGAUUCGCAGAGCAACCCGGUGGGGUUUAUGCUGGAGCACCGCACGUUUGCGCAUGAGCUGAUGCGGCAGGCAUUCCGUCUGCACCGGCCGUUCAAGGUGGAUAUUGUGGAUCUGAACGGGCAUCUUGUGAUGCGCGCCGAGCGGAAAUUCAGCCUGGUCAAUUCGCGAGUGACGAUUAGCGACCAUUCAGGCAAGGUCAUCGGCGAGUCGCAGCAGGAGUGGCACUUGUGGCGACGCCGGUAUGAUUUGUUUACAGAGACAGCGGCAGGGAGUGAACGGCAGCAGUUUGCACGCGUGGAUGCGCCGUUCUUGUCGUGGGAUUUUCCAAUGGUGGACCAGAGCGGGGAGGUGAUGGCGGGGGUGUUCAGGGACUUUGCAGGCAUCGGCAUGGAGCUGUUCUCGGACUACGGGCUGUACGCGAUCUGCUUUGACAAGCUGGCUCUGGCGCAGCGGUAUCAGGGCGAGGCAGCCAGCCCGCAGAUGGCCGAUAGGGAUCUGAACCUCGAUGAGCGCGCGGCAGUGCUGGCGGCGGCAAUUUCGAUCGACUUUGACUACUUCUCCCGCCAUUCACGCAUGGGUGGCGGGGGGUUUGGGUUCUUCCCGUUCUUUGGAGGCGGCAGCAAUGAGCUGACAGACAGCCAAGACAUAGAUAUAGACACGUAGACAACAUGAUACAUGGUGGGGGGUUUCGUUAUUUUUUCGAAAUACAUUUAUUGCAAC